GUCACAUCGCGUCACGACCGCGCGCCGCCCGCCCGCCCGCCGCCAUCAUGCUCCGUCGUCUGCCUCGGGGCUUAGGCCGCGGCCCCGGCCCCCGCCCGCCGCCCGCAGUCCGCUCCGCCGUGACGGCUGUGCCGUUGGCCCACAAUGAGGUGGGUGUCCGGGACACGCGGCCACCCCUGGUGCUGCUCCACGGCCUCUUCGGCAACCACGGCAACUUCCAGACAGUGGCCAAGGCGCUGGUGCGGCGCUUUGGUGGCCAGGUGCUGACAAUGGAUGCACGCAACCACGGCAGCAGCCCCCACAGCCCGCUGAUGACGUACGAGGCGAUGAGCUUGGACGUGCAGCACCUCCUGGCCCACCUGGGCAUCCCCAAGUGCAUCCUCGUGGGACAUAGCAUGGGUGGCAAGACGGCCAUGGUGCUGGCCUUGCAGCGGCCAGACUUGGUGGAGCGUCUUAUCUCCGUAGACAUCAGUCCUACGUCAACCACGCUUAUCUCCGAAUUCUCUGCCUACAUCUCUGCUAUGAAGUCAGUGAACAUCCCGGCUGGUCUGUCCCGCUCUGCAGCCCGCCAGCUGGCUGACAGUCAGCUGAGCUCCGUGGUCCAGCACCCUCAGCUGAGACAGUUUCUUCUCACCAACCUGGUGGAGUUGGAGGGCCGCUACAUCUGGAGAGUGAACCUGGAGGCUAUUUCCCAUCACUUGACAGAUAUCAUGAGCUUCCCUGACUUCCACAAGCCAUAUCCUGGCCCUGCGUUGUUUUUGGGAGGAUCCAACUCGCCCUAUAUCAGCUCCAAAGACUACCCGGAGAUCCAACGCCUCUUCCCCAAAGCAGAUGUCCAGUUCAUCGAAGGUGCAGGCCACAUAGUCCAUCAAGACAAGUUUGAGGAGUUCGUCACCGCUGUCCUCAAUUUCUUGCCACCACCGUAGUGCUGGCCACCGGGGUUUCUGCAAGCACCACAUGGGACCUGAGGAGCUCUGGGCAGUGCAAGGAGAGGGUCAGCCCAGAGCAGCUGCCACCUUUGCAGUCAGAGGACAUCUCCCAUCCCCGCUCGCAAGGAGCUAGAGCAGAGAGAUCUCAGUGCCCAGCCCUGCCACCUCCCAGGGACAUGGGGUGGCAGUGGCCCAGGACAUGGCCUGCAUGCACCCGAGUGCUUUGGACACAAGGAGGAGGCAGGAGAGCCCUCUCCUUUUCCUACCACCAUACCAUCUGGUGAUGGAGCUGCCAGUGAUUUGCAGCACUUGCAAUAAACCUGAAUCCAUGCCAAGGCAGAGAA